AUGUUUCAUGUCUCCCAAGGCACGGAUCCCUCCCGGCACCUGGACGACAGGGACAGGUCCAGCUUCUUGCUCCACGGCCGCGGGGUGUUGGGUGCAGGGAAGCCGCCGGAUGUCGAGGCAGAGGCGCUCGAUCGGGCCCGAGCCCUGCCGCCCUGCAACGGGAGCCUCGAGCUGUCCGGGGUCUACGAGGUCCAGGAGACUCUCGUGUUGCAGGGCCCCUGCAAGGUCAGCGCGACCGGCGCGCAGCUGCGCCUCCGGGCCCCCAUCGUCUUCAACGGCAGCGUCACCCUCACGGGCGACCUGAAGGUGGUGGGGAAGGACGGGCCCUUCGAGCAAGCCUGCGUUUCGGUGCAUGGCGGCCUCCUGCUGAGAGCCGGCGCGCAUCUGGGCAUCGAAGGGUGCCGUAGCAGCAAAGACGAGGGGGAAGGAGGGUGCCUCCGAGUGGAGGAGGACCUCGAGAUGCGCGGAGGAGUCCUGGCGUUUACUUCCUGCCAUGCAGAAGGAACUCAAAGCAGGGGAGGGGCGGCCUACGUCCGAGGCAACGUCCGCCUAGCAGGGGAGCUGCAUGCGGAAAGCUGCAGCGCCAAGGAUUCCGGAGGCGCCCUCUAUUCCUUCGAGAAGAUGGCGAUCGUGGACGCCUCCCUCCAGGUCCACAACGCGUGGGCCAAUAAGGAUGGAGGCGCCCUCUAUUCUGCCGAGAACGUGACGAUCGCCAACGCCUCCUUCCAGGUCCACAACGUGAGGGCUGGCAGGAGUGGAGGCGCCCUCUCUUCCGACGACAGCAUGGCCAUCGUCAAUGCCUCCCUCCAGGUCCGGAACGCGACGGUUGGUGGCUUUGGAGGCGCCCUCCACGCAAAAAAUCAUCUCCGCGCCUCUGGCCGAUGGGUGCUGGAGGACUGCCGGGCCCAUUUCAACGGAGGCGCCCUCUAUUCCUUUGGCAGCAUGACGGUCGCCAAUGCCUUCCUCCAAGUCCAAAACGCAACUGCCGGCAGCCAUGGAGGCGCCAUCUGUUCCGGCAACAGCAUGACGAUCGCCAAUGCCUCCCUCGAGGUCCACAACGCGAGGGCCGGUGAAAAUGGAGGCAGCCUCUAUGCCUAUAAGAGCCUGGAGAUCGCCAAUGCCAGCCUCGAGGUCUACAACACGAGGGCCAAGGGACGUGGAGGCGCCCUGCAUUCCGCCCGCGGCAGCAUGACGAUCGCCAAUGGCUCCCUCGAGGUCCACAACGCGAGGGCCGGUGAAAAUGGAGGUGCCCUGCAUUCCGGCGGCAGCAUGACGAUCGCCAAAGCCUCCUUCGAGGUGCACAACGCGCGCGCCGGUAAACGUGGAGGCGCAAUGCAUUCCGGCCGCAGCAUGACGAUCGCCAAUGGCUUUCUCGAGGUCCACAACGCGAGGGCCGGCGAAAACGGAGGUGCCCUCUCUUCCUCGAAGAAUCUGGAGAUCGCAAAUGCCUCCCUUGACAUCCGCAAUGCGACGGCCAAGAAAGACGGAGGCGCCCUCUCUUUCGCCGGCAACGUGACGGUCGCCAAUGCCUCCCUGGAGGUCCACCACGCGAGGGCCGGUGAGAACGGAGGUGCCCUCUACUCCGGCGGAAACAUCACGAUCGUGCAAGCCUCCUUCGAGGUCCACGACACGACGGCCGGUGGGAGUGGAGGCGCCCUCUGCUCCCAUCUUGGGAGCAUGACGAUCGCGGAGGCCUCCCUUGAGGUCCACGACACGACGGCCGGUGGGAGUGGAGGCGCCCUCUAUUCUGCCGAGAACAUGACGAUCACCAAUGCCUCCCUCCAGGUCCGCAACGCGAGAGCCGGUCAAGAUGGAGGCGCCCUCUUUGCCUCUGGUCCUCUCCGGGGCUCCGGCCGAUGGGUGCUGGAAAACUGCCAGGCGGAAGGUGGCGGAGGAGGGAUCUUCAUCGAGGAGGGGCACAUAACUCUCACCGGCCCGGCCAUAAGCUGCAGCAGAUGUCUUGCCAAGGCCGGCUCUGGCGGCGCUUUCCACGUGUCAGCGGGACGCAUGACAAUCUCCGGCAUGGUGACAGUCAACGACAGCAUGGCUGCCCUGGGCGGCGGCGAUGCCGUGUACGUGAAGAAGGAUCUGCACCUCCACACUGCGAUCCUGGCCGGCAGGACAGCCGCCCUUGCCGUGGGCGGACAUGCGUCCAUCGCACGACUGCUGUGCACGGAAGCAGUCAACGGCUGCUAUGUGGAAGGGUCUUCGGCCAACAUUGCUGCAGUGCAGUGCCAACGAGGAGGAGGGUUGCAGGAGUCGGGCGUCCAGACAGGCUGCCUGAAGUGCGCCGAGGGCCAGAUCCGUCUGGCAGCCAACAGCAGCCACUGCCAGCCAUGCCCCAGCAUCCCAACGGCAGCUGUUGGCUGCGAUUCCACGGAGCUCGAGAUACCUCCAGGGUACAUGGUGAACACGACCAACCUCACGGACUGGUACCGCUGCCCGAACACGGCCACGUGCCCAGGUGGAAUCUGGAAGGCUGGCCGCAAACUGGAGGAUGCAGUCGAAGUGGUGCAGCCCAUGUGCGCCCUCGGCUACGAGGGGCCUGGGUGCAUGCGCUGCGCCGCGGAGUUCGCUUGGGCCGACAGCACCGCAAUGCAGUGCAUACGCUGCUCCACGUCCCAGUGGGAGGUCGUCCGUUUCGCCCUGUUCUAUCUGGCCAAGCAGAUGGGGCUGUUCAUGUUUGCCGUGGCCACUGUGACCAACGCGAAGCGCGACAAGAACAACAGCUCCGCCAUGCUGAAUCAGCUCAUGGCCUUUGCGGCCGUGGCGUCCGUAGCCAUGUCAGGUGCCAUGCAGACGGGCGCCUUCCGCCAUUUGCAAGAGUCCGCGCACAGGCUGGCCUCCCUGCUGGAGUCCUUGCAGCUCCCCAUAGCCCUGGCCCAGGGCCAAAGCACAGGUGCCCAGGUCUCCAGCCACUGCCUGCUCAGUCGCUGGGGCCUGGACGGCUCCUUCGUCACCGUGCACUGGGCAACCUCCAUCUUGCCGGCCUUUCUCGUUGCCAUUCUCCUGGCGGCCCAAGGCCUGGGAGUUGCCGUGGUGGUCGGCGUGAACGUCUUCCUCCCCGCGUUCACCUCUGCCUUCGGCCGGUACCUAGUGGCAUAUCGGCUUCGGCCCGAGGGCGAGGAGGGCGGCAGGGAGCUUCGCAUGGACUUCCUGCCCUCCGGAGAUCCCCACACCGUCAUCGCGCUCGUGCUCACGGCCAUCGUCCUCUGCUUCCUCUUUGCCAUCGGCAGCUGGUCCUACAUCGUCUGGACACGCAAGGAGCCCUUCCAGCAGCAUGUCGCCUUCCUCACGGCCUCGUACAAGCCCAGCUGCUCAGCUUGGGAGGUGGAGCGCCUGGCCCGGAAGAUGCUCCUGGGCCUCCUCCCGGCGCUCCUGCCCGUGUCCCUCUCUCCGGCGCUGCAGAUGGGUGGGGUCAGCCUGAUCCUCCUCGUGUCCUUGGUCCUCUAUAUCCACUACCAACCGUACAAGGUGGAGUUUUGGAACCAGUUGGAGAUGGCCCUUCUACUCGUGGCACUGGCGAUCAUGAUCAUGACGUCGUGCUUGGUGGCCAACGACUUCCACUGGGCCAACUCCGGCGCCACGCAGGCUGCCCUGCUUUUCACGAUCUGCCUCCUCGCCUCUGGUGUGUCGGUGGUCAUGAUCGGGGCCAUCGCGCUGGCCUUCUACGAUGAGCGCCGUGGGGGCUUGGGGCGCAGUGAGAAGUGA